AUGCGCCUCUUCCUUAGUUUGUUCGUUGGAAGCAUGCCAGUGGUCUUUGCCGCAACUUUCCAUCUUUUCGAUGUUAACGGAAAGUGUUUAAUUUAUUCCGUGGGCAAUUUGGAUUGCACUGGGUCUUCCGAACCCUUCGCCAACCUAGUUGGAAGGAACUGCUAUUUUGGACAAUCAACGGCUGACGAGCCCCGUACCGUCAACGUCACAAUCUGCGACCAAAACUCCACAAAUGGUCAUUCAGCUGCCACCGUCCGAGUUGAUCAGACGGGGCUAAUCUCAUUUCAGAACCAGGAGGGGCAAGUCGCGAGCUGCUCGAUCGAAUCCUCUUUUCAAGUGGGAAGUGUGUGCACUGCUGGUAACGAGACAAUGGAGCAGACGACGAAUAUUCCGAACAAGGCGACGCAGACAACCGCAACACAUUCUACCCUUACAAAGGCGACUUCGGCCCCUGUGGUCACGACGGCACAACCGUCUGAUUGCUAA